AUGCGGAAGAAAUUAGUUUUACCCCUUUCAAUCGGACGAGGCUUUUCGAGUUGGGAUGAUGGAUCUGAUGGACAUGAAUGGAAAUCGCGUGCUCUUGCUGAAAAACGCUUAUUGGCGCUAACUUAUCUUGGAGAUGUAAAUAAACGCGUACAAAUUCAUGAUGCAAUUCGCUUAAGGGGUGAAGUUAAUAAACAAGCUAUUCGAGCAUGUGAAUUACCAACAUUUUUUCAAACAAAAGAGACUAAUGAAGCUGAGAAUUUACAAGAGAUUGAUUAUCACUCACUCUUGAGUAUGAUUGAAGGGGAAUUUGAGGUUGAUACUUUGGCUCAUAUUGCUCCAUCCGAUGCAAAUUUUUUAAAAACUGAAUUUUUACAGUGUGACGACUCCGCUGAGGUGAAGCUUCUGGGUCAAUGGUCCAAUCUUCGCCGUGAUACUGCAGACUAUAAUAACUAUGCUUCCAUACCAGAUGGGGAAAGGAACGCGUGGUCCGCGUGGUAUCUUCGUAAUGUGCGUCCGGGUAAGACCGAAAAUGAUUAG